AUGACAACCGACAGGGACGAACAACUGCAGUUUGAACAACUAGUUCAAAAGAUCGCUCCGCAAAGCAUGUUAGUUCGAACAUGGCAAUUAAAGGGCGGUAUGUCAGCUCAGAUGACCGCUUUAGAAAUUAAACACUCUGAUGGGAAAACGAGCAGAAUGAUUGUACGUCGGCCUGGUGCUGAGAGCCUCAAACGCCAACACGUAGCACAAGACGAAUUCAAGCUCUUACAAAUGAUACAGUCAUUGGGAUUAGCCACGCAGACGCCUUAUCAUUUUGAUGAAUCGGGAUCGAUUUUUUCCACGCCAUAUUUAGUCAUUGAAUAUAUCGAGGGCAAGAUAGAAUUCGCACCUUCUAAUCUGGGUGAUUUUAUCCUUCAAUUCGCUACGCAGCUUACCAAAAUUCAUCGUCAACCAUCCUCGAUGCUCGAUGAAUAUUUUCUCUCUAAACAUGCACACAGAUUUGCCGAUACUUUCUAUGACAAGCAACUCACAGCAAAUGUCGAUACAUGGCUAGACGAAGAACAUAUUUGCACUACGUUGGACUCCGUGUGGCCAUUACCUCAGCGCAAUACAUCUGUGCUGCUUCAUGGAGACUUUUGGCCAGGUAACGUGUUGUGGCGCAAUGAGAAGCUCGUGGCAGUGAUCGAUUGGGAAGAUGCAACAGUGGGGGAUCCGCUGACCGAUUUGGCUAUUAGUCGAUUAGACAUAGCAUGGAUAUUCAGCAUCGAUGCCAUGUAUUCAUUUACACGUCACUAUCAAUCGCAGAUGAAUAUCGAUUACACUGAUCUUCCCUAUUGGGAUCUCUAUGCUGCACUUCGCUUUGUUCGAUUAGCUAGCAGUAAUCUAGCCGAAUGGGCUGCAUUCUUUCAUCCCGUUGACAGGCAUGACAUCACGGAACAAAGAAUACGAGAGCAUUAUCGGGUUUUCCUCAACCAGGCAUUUGACAAGCUUACUCCUGUUCAAUAG